UCUCAGGUGGACAUGGCCUGCAGGGGCCACGCUCGACCCAAGGGACUGACCUGGACCCUAGGACUGACCCUGGCAUGGAUCCUGCUGGGAGCCUGUGGAGGAAGCCGCCUACUCCCAGCUAUGUCCCGGAGACAUCAUAGGCUGGCGGCCGAUCUUGGCACAGGUCAGCUGCACCUUGCAGAGAUGGACACGCCAGAGGCAUCGGACCCUGGGAUGGUCCCAGAACGCUGUGGGGACCCGAGCCCCGGGUGCGAAUCCUUUCUGGGACACCUCCAAGUUGUCCUCCACAGUCGCUUCCGCCUGCUGUUACUGGGGAUACGCCAAGCGCAGCCGCUCUGUUCCGAGCUCUGCGAUGUCUGGUUUGCCACAUGCGAAAACGAUAUUACCUGCGGCCCGACUUGGCUCCCACUUCUAGAAAAGAGGGGCUGUGAGCCUGGCUGCACUACCUAUGAGCAGACCUUCGCUGACGGGGCGGACCUUUGCCGCUCCGUUCUGGGCUACGCGCUGCCGGUGGCAGCUCCUGGCGCCGGUCACUGCCUCAACAUUUCCAUCUCGGUACUGCCGGGUUCCAGACAGGAACGGAAGGCCCGGGAAAUCGCCUUCCCGCGUUUCCGCCGUUCACGCACCUGGAUCCUGGAUGGUGCGGGCAGCGGGAGUGGCAGUGGAGGCGGCAGCGGCCCCUAG